GGCCAGCAGACCCUAGCGGGACGUCGACCAGCACGCCCCCUCCAGUCAGCCGAUCGGUGUUCAGCGGAAUGCUCCGGGUGUGCUCCUAAGUGUUCCGGGUGUACCCUGGAGUGUUCGGUGUGUGUCCUGAGGUGGCUACCGUACUGACCCGACGCGACGCUGACUGACGUAGAUGGAGGACGUAUCAGGAAAUGCGAAACACCAAAACGCGGCCCAUCCCCGGCCGGUGGUGAUCGACACGGACCCGGGCGUGGACGACGCCCAGGCCAUCGGCAUGGUGCUGGCGGCCGACCGGCGCCGCGAGCUGCGCCUCAUCGCCAUCUGCGUCACGUUCGGCAACUCGACCAUCGAGCACUGCACCCGCAACGCGCGCCGCAUCCUCGGCACCUUCAACCGGCUGGACAUUCCUAUAUACAGCGGAGCACACUGCGGCCUGGUGAAUGGCAAGCUGGGUACCACGGACCUCUUCCACGGCUCGGACGGCCUGGGCGACACCGAGUUCGAGCAGCCGCCGCCCCCGCUGCCCAGACAGAGCGAGCACGCGGCCGCCGCACUAACGCGGCUUGCCAGAGAGCACAAAGGCGAGCUGGCCAUUUUGGCUCUGGCUCCGCUCACCACAGUUGCUCUGGCGACGCGCCUCGACCCGGAGUUCAGCAGCAACGUCGGCGACAUCGUCAUCAUGGGCGGCAACUUCACAGGUCUGGGAAACACCACAGUGGCCGGCGAGUUCAACUUUUUCACCGACCCAGAGGCGGCUCACGUCGUCAUCGCGUCAGCGCGGCGUCCCAUCACCAUAGCCACCUGGGAGCUCUGCCUCCAACACAGCCUGGAUAUGUCGUGGAGGAAGGCGGUGCUGGGUGCGGUCGACUCGGCGGCAGCCCGGCUCUUCAACGCCGCGGAGGCACGUGUCUUGGAGGACGAUAUGUUCGGCAGCUGGAUCACCUGCGACCAGGCAGCAGCCGCACUUCUCGUCCGGCCCCAGAUCGCCAGGAACACCAGCGCCCACCACGCCUCCGUCGAGCUGCAGGGCCAGUUAACGCGCGGCCAGCUGGUGGUCGACAGACGCGACUGGCACGCCGCGCGCGCCCGCACUCCCUGCAACGUCAACAUCGUCCAGGCGCUGGAUAUGCAGCUCUACAAGAAGAUGUUACUGGAUGCCUUUGGACAUCCUGACAUAGAGUUUUGACUUUCGAUCGAAUAGGAUGAAGAAAAUGGUAAUCCUGGUAAUAAACAAGAGUGCUAUUGUUGUCACUUGUAAUAAACAAGAGUGCUAUUGUUGUCACUUGCUACAUUUGCAGAAAAAUAGGCAGCAUUUUUAGUGUCCAAUAGGUUAACCCUCGCCCGUAGGGUACACCGGGGUAAGACGUCCCGCAACGCCUCGCCGAUGUUUUUCGGAAAUGGUAAGUUCUGAGGAAACACCUUCUGUCCCAUAAAACGUGCCCUAUACCUAUGAUCAUAACAUGACCAGACUUGAAUGAAGUUGUGUUAUUCUUUGUUAGAUGUAGAAAUGUGUUUUUGAGUGAUUUUUAUGUUUUGUUGUCUGAUUACGCAGCAUGGCGUUCUUUUAUAAUGCACAUCAGGGUAACGAC